UCCAAGCCGAUUAUGGAAAAGAGAAGACGCGCGCGCAUCAAUAGCAGCCUGUGCCAGCUGAAGACUCUUAUUUUGGACGCACUUAAAAAAGAUACCUCACGACAUUCAAAGCUUGAAAAAGCAGAUAUCCUAGAACUGACAGUGAAGCACCUGAAAAAUGUGCAACACGCGCAGAUGACCGCGACUUUAUGCACGCACCAGCCAGCGCUUGGAAAGUACAGAGCUGGUUUUAGCGCGUGCAUGAACGAGGUCACGCGAUUUAUGUCCACGUGUGAGGGUGCAAGCGGCGAGUUCGGAGCAAGGCUGAUCGCUCACCUGGCCAGCUGCGUUUCACAAACGAGCGUGCCGACCCAGCAGCACACCUCUGCAUGCGCUCCUCACUCUGCUGUCGGCCGCGCAUCGCCGCAACUGAGUGACGUACCGAAAAACGGCGCUAUCGGUAUACCAUCGGAGAAACUGCACAGCGGAUUCCAAGUUGUACAAACAAGUAAUGGAGCGUUUGCCCUUUUAAUCCCCAGUUCACCGGGCUUCAACUUCAGCGUUCAACACAGCUCAUCGCGCCCGGUAGCGUUAUGUCCGAGCGCGCCAGACUCCGUUUGGAGACCGUGGUAGAGAAUCCACGAAGACGCCAUAGCGAAACGGAUCCCACGCGGAAAACCGGCCACCUCCCUAUCUGAUGGCAGAGAGCUGCAGAAAGAGGAUGGAAAGUCACGUGCAGUUGUGCAUUAUUAUUAUUAUUUUUUAUAAGUAAUGAAUAGUUUUGCAGUGCAACGAUAGGAAAUGUCUUCUUCAAUUGCGAAGGCCAGAAGAAUAUAUUUUUAAGACAUAAAUCCAUAUAACGUAUGACGUUUUUGAAAUGACUCAUGCAUUAUUUUUAUAGUGACAUUUUUUUAUAGUGACAUUUCUUAGAAAAACGGAAGAUAAUGUAUAAAGAAAGCCCAUAUAGUUUAUAACUAAAAAACAUAAAUGAGAAAUUUAGGGCGAACACUACUUUACUAACUGAAGUGCGUUAAGUGGUGGUGACUAAACUCUUCAACUGAUUUACUAUCUGUAUUUUAAGAACAUGCAAAUCACGGGUGUUUGAAAUGUCUGAACUGAAAACGUUUAAACCAUUCCGCCUAUGUUAAUCAUUUAAAAACCACCUUAAAAAGUCCAUCUUCACCGAGCUAAUUUAAGAUUAAAAUAGAAUAGAAACUUUGGUCAUUUUUGUUGUGGUCUUUUUUUUCUUCUUCUUUUUUUUCAAGUUUGUGUUGAAUGCUGAGGCCUACUGAAAAAUGAUUAAUGUUCAAAAAUAAUACUGUUAUUGCUACUUCCUGAAGCCCAUCGUAUUUGUGAGCUCAAUAAAGUGA